AUGCUGAGACACCCUUCCCUGUUCAGCAACCUCAUCUGCCCCAUCCUCCUAACUAUUCUCUGGGGUCUGGCCGUCCUUAUAUUCGGAUUCGCCUACCUCCUCAAGCUACAGGCACAUGCCCUCAUCGCAGUCAAAUGUCCUGCUGCCGUUGCAUGGUACAAACGUGCUUCAGUUUUUUCCAUUGAAUACAUAUAUUACACAGAGAACACUACUUACGACUCCACCUGUUCAAUCUGUAGGAUUGUGUGUGUUAUAUUCGUGUUGCUCGAAGUGGCAGUACUAUCGAUCCUCUUCUACCUCAUUAUCCUGCCCAUCUACCAGGACGGUCUCUUUGACCGCGUUCUGAAGCUGCGAGGAUUGAAGCAUGUUCUCAAACAGAACGAGGGCAAUGACCUUGUCAAAUGCAUGCGCGGCGUAUCGGGCGGUCUAUGGAUUUUGCUCUUCCAGAUUCUCGUCUUGAUCAUCACGCUGCCUUUCAAUAUCGUCCCGGUCCUGGGCCAGAUGGCUUUUGUCACCAUCAAUGGCUGGGUCCUGACCUUUGGCCUUCGAUUCCACUACGAUGCCGAGAUCCGCAACAUCUCAGUCUUGCAAUCCAGACGCGAGGCAUGGCAGCGAAGGAGUGAAUACUCUGGGUUCGGUGCUGUGGCAGUGGCUCUGGAGAUGAUCCCGAUCGCCAAUCUCUUGUUUGUCUGGACCAACAUCGUGGGCUGCGCUCUUUGGGUCGCAGACGAGAUUGAGAGAGAAGAAUUGAGACUGCAGCAGGAACAGUCGACCCACAGCCUAAUGGCAGGACAAGGCAGCUUCAAUCACGGAAGCCAAUACAAGAUGGCUGCCUCUGCAUACCCUUGA